AGUUUAAUAUUUAUUUGAUAGGAAAUACAAUUCAGAAAAAUCCGUACAGAACUUAAAGGCACCCGUCCCAUAAACACCCUAUGGCUGGGGGAGAUGACAUUUGUUUCAAGACUUGAAGGAACCUUGUCGAAGAAAGAUGGUUCAAAGCUGUAGCGUUGGCAGAUAAAAUGUUUUUCUCAUCAAUUUCGAGAACUCUUCUUGGAAAGGAGGUGAGACAUUGAAGAAGGGUGUAAGCAUUAUGGUGGAUUAGAUAAUCCUGCUUUAGAUAAAAUUAUUUGAAGCUCAAGCUGAUUUAGGACUGAUCUUGCAGCCCCUUUCUGGGGCCAAACCUUUUUGAGAUUGGAGGUCUAUGUUCUUAGGCCUGCUGGACUGCUGCCUACCCAUCAAUCAUGUUUCCCACCAUCUAAUUGGUUGCAAGUGAUGGAAAGACAUUUAAAAAAAAAACAAAGACACCAACCGUUUCAAAUGGCCUUUAUGUUGGAGGAUCUUUCACGUAGUGUAAUAGUGGUACCCUCUUCUAGGCCCUAGGGUGAAGGGGGAGUGGGAAGUGGGGUUUCGACAAGAUCGCUGGACCCUUUACAAGUGGCAGCACUGUCAUCCAAGAGAGUGUAUUUAUUCAGGAUGAUCAGAAACAAAAAUUCUUGCCCAAUAAUGUUGCCUGCCUUUAAAGACAUAUUACUUAGCUUUGCUAGAAGACACAGAAAAUUCUUGCCCAAACCAGAGCACCGCUGCGGCUACGGCGCUACCGUUGCUGAUAUUGUACAUCCACUGCACGCACGAGCCACGAAGCACCACAUAUCAUAUGUAGCAAAAUUGCUUUUAUUUUUCUGGGUUUCAAUUUAAUAGUUAUUACACUUAACAAAGAACAUACUUUUUUACCUUUUUUGUCGUUAACAUGUUUAUUGUUUGGUCGAAGCAGGUUAAAUUGGUUAUCCGACAAUGGUUACCUGACCCUGGGAUACCAACCUCAGUAGUCUGAACCUUUGUAGCAAUGUUAGGAAGCAGAAUCCGAAACUACUUUUGUUAGGAUCACUUUGGCCAUCCCUUGUUCUUAUGCUGUUUUCAACCACCCUUUGUACUUGCAUGUUGAUAGUAGCAGAAGAAGAUAAGCAUCAUUCAAUAAUGGAUAAUGGAGGGCGCUUUCUUGUCUUCCUUCUGUACUUAACCCGGCCCCCACUAGCCCUUCCUUUUCCGCUUCACAUGUUCCGCUGUUUUUGGCCCAGACACUCUAUAAAUUGGUACCUCCACUCUCCACUCCACUUAAAGCAAAUCAGCAAAACAUAUCAACCGACACUUCCUAAGUUGUUCUGUGCAGCAAGCAAUAUUCCAAUGGAUUCAAACACAUCAGGCUUUCUCCUCAACUCUUCGUCUCUUGAGUCAGUUUAUUACCAAGCUAAGGAGGAUGACGCCUUCAUCGAUCUCGGUCUUAGUCUGAGAACUCUGCCACCCGCAGCUUAUCAUCCCUCCGGACAUCUGGUAAGCCUUGAGGGAUAUGAUGACCACAUUGAUUGGCCCCAGGCCAACCAAAACAUGAAAAGUAGCGACAGUUUGCAUCAAAGAAUUAUCCCAGAAGAUUAUGAUGAAGAGUCAGAGGGAGUCCAAAGCAAAGAGAGGUGGGCUUAUGUGAAGGUUAAUAUGGAUGGGGUUAUUGUUGGCCGGAAAAUCUGCAUUCUUGAUCAUGGUGGUUACUCUAGCCUUGCACUUCAGCUAGAAGACAUGUUUGGUAGACAAUCCGUAUCUGGGUUAAGGUUGUUCCAGGCUGGAUCCGAAUUCUCACUUUUCUAUAAGGAUAGAGAGGAGAAUUGGAGGGCUGUUGGUGAUGUGCCUUGGAAGGAGUUUGUGGAAUGCGUGAAGCGGCUGAGGAUUGCACGAAAGAAUGCAGCUCUUCUCCCUGGUUCAUGAAAAUUCCCCUGAAUUUUCUCCAUUCCCUCCCUUCUACCCCUCUCAUAUGUUUGUGAAGCAUCUCUGACCUAGAAGUAAAAUUAAGUUGGCAAUAUUUUGAGAAAUGUCUUUGACAAUCAUAAUUUCCAUCAUAACUUUUAGGUAAAUUGCAUACGUGGUCCUGAUGAGUGUUUGUUUGGCGGACCUGUUAAGUACUAGAUUGCAAAUGCAACCAAAAAGGGUCUCUUUGGGAUCAAACUAUCAA